AUGGUCGAACAUAAACCAGUUACUCAACCGACCGUUGUUGGUCAACCAGGUGUCGUUCCAACUGAAACUCAACCUGUUCUACCUGGUCAAACCAAAGUACACUUCCAAAAUCCUCAAACUGAAACAGCAUUCCAAGGAUUAACUGGAAUUCGUGAAGGAGUUCCACCAUCCAAUGAAGCUGUUCUUGUAGGUAUUGAACAAGCCAAGCAAUCCAUUCUCUCCAGUCAAUCACUCCUCACAAGGGAAGGUAAGACAAUCCAGAGAGACACCUUAAUUCUCUUGGAUCUGAUCAGAUUGAUCAUUGAAGAUAGAAACUCUGAUGAGAAGAUGCAACAAUUUCUCGUUUGUUUCAGAAAUCUCUCUCAAAAGUAUGCUCCAGAAUUUGGAGAAGAUAUCAGAUAUGGUGUGAAACGUGGAUACGAAACUUCUCAGAAGGGAGCUACCAGGGAUGUCUAUCAAUCCAUUGUUGGUCUUCGUGAUUUUGUCUUCCAACUUAUUAGAAGUGCUGAUUUCAGAGAGGCCAUUGGUGAAUUCUUCCAAUAUUUGCAAAUUCUUGCAGGUGAAGUCAACAUUGAUGAGAAGGGCUCUGGUAAUAUUAUUUCCAAAUUGGCAAGUGGCAUCAAAUCAAUGGGUGUUUCUGAUGAGAGUAGCAAGACUGAACCAGUUCAUGAAACCACCUCUGAAGUAGUUUCCUCUGUCAGUGGUGCAACACUCAAUCUCCAACACAAGCAAGAAGAAUCAUUGCUCCCUUCAAAAGUUCACUCUGAAGAAGAAUUGAAGAGAAAUCAAGGACAGCUUAGUGAACCAGGUGAAUUCUCCAGAAUGCAACAACAGCAAGAAUAUGGUCAACAAUUUGGUCAAUCUGGAAUGGUUAGUCAACAACCUGGAAUGGUAGGUCAGCAAUGGCAACAACCUUCCUCAUCUUUCGCAAGUGGUAGUGGUAUGGGAAGUGUUGGAAAUGUUCCAUCUCAAGAAAAAUAUUCUGGAUUUGGAGUUACUGAUCCAAACCUUAGUCAACAAAGAAUGGGUCAACAAUCCAAUAUUCCACAAAUUCCUCAACAAUCAAUGGUUGGUCAACCUUCUUAUCAACAACCAGAAUUCUCUCAACAACAACCUUUGAGUUCUGGAUACUCUGGAAUUGGUAGCAGUCAACAACAACCUUUGAGUUCUGGUAUUAGUCAAGAGUUGAAACCAACUUCACUUUAUGGUACCUCCCAUCAAGGAAUUGCUCCUUUCCAACAGUCAAUUGGACAAGUUGGUCAUUUCUCUGAUAAGAAUAUUGUUGAUGAUCAAUAUAGAGAACCAUCUCUCCAAUCCAAUGUCCAAGCUCAACAAUUUAGACCAGUUUCUGAACAACAACAAUUUGGUCAACAACAAUGGCAACCAUCUGAUGUCUCCCAACAAGGUUUCCAAAGUGGAAUUAGUCAACCAUACCAAUCCAAUAUUCCACAAGUUCCUCAACAAUCAAUGGUUGGUCAACAACAACCUACAAUCAAAUCUGGACUUUCCAAUAUUUCUGGUUCUCAAUCCACUCAAGAAGAACCAGUCAGCCAUGAUAAGAACAGAAGAGAAAUUGAAGAUUCCCUCAUUGAUCGUUAUGUCCAAUUGAACAAACGUUUCUCCAAGGAUCCAAACUAUCAAAGAGCUCUCUAUGGAUUGUUCAACUUGUUUAAUCAAGUUAAGAGCUUGUUUGGUGAUACUGCCACUCAAGGAGGUGAAAAGACCAAGACAGUUGAAAGAUUGAGAGAAGAUGAUGAUUUCAAGAGCUUACUCAAUUAUGCCAAGUUGAUUCUUUAUGAAUUCUCUAAUAAGGAAAUGUUUGAUAAGUGGCUUGAUACUACUAAUGCUUUCUUUAUUCACUUGAGAACUGAUGAAAGAAUGAAGGGAGUUCUCAGAGAUAUCAUGAAUGAUUUCAGAAGAUAUGGUAAUCAACCAACUUUAUUAGAAUCUCAUCAAGAAAAGGAACAAUUGAGACAAAGAUUGUGGCAAUGUAGAACUGUUCUUGAAGAGAAGAAGAACAUGGACUUGACUAAUGACAUGCUUACCUAUGGUCGUGAAUUAUUAACCAGUAUGCGUAAUGAUGAAUUGAAUACUGAAAUUCGUGACAGAAGUCAAAAGUUAAUUUCACGUCUCUUCCUUGAUGAACAAGGUAAAUUCCAAUUGAAGCCAUCUGCAUUGGAACAAAUCAGAACCAUCCUCUUUGUUGCCAUUCAAGAAGCCAUCAAUAAUUGGAAUGCCAUUGAGGUUGAAGGUGAUGAUGGAAGUCAAUACUUUAAGAUUUCCAAUAUUACAUUGAAGGCCAAUGAUAUUCUCCCAGAUGAUGUUAAAUUCAAGGUCAAGAAUAGAACCUCCAUGAAAUAUGAAGAAUUGAAACCAACUGACAGAUUGGCUGAAAGUGCAACCCUCAUUGGAGCUCACUUGUUUGGUAUGACUGCUCACUUGAAGGAUGUUGGUUUCUUAUUCGAUCGUCGUUCAUUCCCAUCAAUUUCUGAUCGUGGUUUAAUGGAUAUUGAUUUCGAUAGAGGUGGUAUUAACAUCAAACUCAAGCUUAAGGCCAGAUUAAGUCAGAAUCGUCCAUUCUAUGUUAAGGGAAUUGUAGUUGGUGUUGACACUCUCCAUAUCAAAUUCAAGCAAGCUGAAAAGCACAAACUCAUGCUCAAGAUGCUUUCACCAAUCAUUCAAAGUCGUGUCAGAAGAAAGAUUCAUGACAAUCUUGAAACUGCCUUGAAUACCAACAUUAGAGAAUUGAUCGAAAGAUUGAAUGACUUGAUUGAACAAACUAUCAUUCAAGGUAAUGUAAUGGCUGGUCAAGGAGAGCAAGGUGGAAUGUUGACUGGAAUUAUUGGUAGAAUGGGAAUUAACACUGCUGGAACAACUGAAGGACAAAUUGGUGAUUGGCCACAAGAAGGAGGCGAAUAUUCCCGUGGCUCAUCCUCUCUUCUUCACUCAACUCCAACAUCAACCACUCAUGUUCCUGUUAGCACAACUACAAAGCCAGUUCAAAAAACUGUAAUUGGAUCAGCUGAAAGAAGAACUGUAAUUGAUUAA